GUUGCAUCAUGGACAAGAGUGACCUAGUGCAGAAGGCAAAGCUCGCUGAGCAGGCCGAGCGCUAUGAUGACAUGGCUGCUUCCAUGAAGGCCGUCACAGAGGGUGGCGUUGAGCUUUCCAACGAAGAGCGCAACCUGCUCUCCGUGGCUUACAAGAACGUGGUGGGCGCCCGCCGCUCGUCCUGGCGCGUGAUCUCCAGCAUCGAGCAGAAAACAGAGGGCAAUGAGAAGAAACAGCAGAUGGCGCGUGAAUACCGUGAGAAGAUCGAGGCCGAGCUUCAGGAGAUCUGCAACGAUGUGUUGGGUCUCCUGGAGAAGUACCUCAUUCCCAACGCUAGCCAGGCAGAGAGCAAAGUCUUCUACCUGAAAAUGAAAGGAGACUACUACAGAUACCUGUCCGAGGUGGCAUCUGGAGAAGCAAAGAAAACCACAGUGGACAACUCUCAGAAGGCUUACCAGGAUGCAUUUGAGAUCAGCAAAAAGGAAAUGCAGCCAACACACCCCAUCAGGCUGGGACUAGCACUGAACUUCUCCGUGUUUUACUAUGAAAUCCUCAACACCCCAGAGCAGGCCUGCAGUUUGGCAAAAACGGCUUUCGAUGAGGCAAUUGCUGAGCUGGACACCUUAAACGAGGACUCUUACAAAGACAGCACCCUGAUCAUGCAGUUACUAAGGGACAACCUCACUCUGUGGACAUCAGAAAACCAGGGUGAUGAGGGGGAUGCUGGCGAGGGCGAGAACUAAAGGCGUUGCACUUCACUGUUAAAUCCACCUACACUCUUUAUCUUACACAUAUACAGCCCAUAAUUCCCUGCUCCAUCCAAUCCACCUCACCUUUAUCCACCUUUCUGUAUGACGAGCCGCAUGAAUUGUACCUGACCUACAAGGUUGUACCCCUGAAGCCACGAGCGGCAGGGAAAAGUUUGGUUUUUCCAAGGCUGACUUGUCUCAAACAUGUCUGAUUGUGUAUUUUCUCCCCAGACGAGAGAAAAUGGUUGAAUAGUGGAAACGAUUUCCUUUUUUUUUUUUUUUCCUUCCUAAAAUCCCUCGUAACAUUUUAUAAAAGGUAUAUAUUCUCUGGUCUAGCAGGAUAUAAUACAUUAUAGUGUCCACCACCCCCCCCCACCAUUCUUCCCUUCUGUCGCUUAUCUCCAAUAGUGUACUGGCGAUUGCUGGUUUUAUUCAAAAGGUUAUUAAACUGUCCAUUAAUUUAACAAACACUGUGACGUUUAGUUUUUCCUUCUGGAUAGCUUGUGCUUAAUGGAAAUCGGAAUGGUUUCGAUACAAAUAGCAGUACAAUUCUGUUGCGAUCUCAUACAGAAGGGAUGAAAACAGGCUGUAUUGUGACACUGACUAACAUGCAUUACUAUUAUUGCUGUCGUGUGCAUAAUUUUGCAUACACGGCUGACGACAAAAGGGACCCGAGAUUUGCAAUUCCAUGUCUAUUCAGUUUUAAGUUAAAGACAUUCCAUUAGUGUGUGAUGAUUACAGACCUUUCGUGAACAAACUGGAGAGUUUCCUAAUGUGCUGUCAAUGAGGCAGUCAACAUAAAGGUGCUGUUUGACAUCAGUAAACGAUUUUCCUGGUUCUGUACAUUUUUAUUUUUUCACCCUUUGACGUAAAAUUGCCCACACGCACUUCCAUUUAAUAAAGAUGUAAAAUUGUACACAUUUUAGAGGUAAAUAUAAUUUGUCUUAAAACUAAAUACUUGCAAAAACACUUU